AACGGCACUUUACAGAUAAACAAAAAGGGUGCUUCAAUUUCACGCACCGCCCUUCCCUUAAAUUUUUAUUCUCUUCUACUCUUGCUAUAAUUUAACCGAUUAUCUUUCUUUUAUAUCGUCCCCUCUAAAUUAUUUAUUUUAGAUUUCUACUCUUUUCGGCAUCAGACUCUACCAUGUCUUUCAGAUUCAGGCGGGCAAAUUCCUCUUCAGGCAUGGGUGUUGCAGAUCAGUGCAAAGAUACGUUCUUGGAAUUGCAGAGGAAGAAGGUCCAUAGGUAUGUGAUUUUUAUGAUCGAUGAGAAGAAAAAUGAAGUGGUUGUUGAGAAGACUGGUGGGCCUGCUGAAAGCUAUGAUGAUUUCACCUCCGCCUUGCCAGAAAAUGAUUGCCGAUACGCUGUCUAUGACUAUGAUUACGUGACCUCUGAGAAUUGUCAAAAGAGCAAGAUAUUUUUCAUGGCAUGGUCUCCAGCCACCUCUCGCAUUCGUUCCAAGAUGCUCUAUGCUACAUCCAAAGAACGGUUUAGAAGGGAGAUGGAUGGUGUUCAUUACGAGAUACAAGCUACGGAUCCAACAGAGAUGGAUCUUGAAGUGCUCAAAGACAGAGCUAACUGAAGUCUUUCAGUAAAAUGUUCUUUCUUUCUUAAAAAAACAUAAUGUAUUUCGUACACAUAAGUCUUUCAGUCAGAGAGGAUGAUUAAAGGAUCCAAUCUAGCUUUGCUAGAGAAGUCCAGUUAUAUGAUUCUUCUCCUGAGUGUACUAGUAUACUCUAAAACCUGGUAACCUAUGUAUUAAACUUCAUAUGAAGUUUGGAUAUGUUUAAAUUCUUGCUGGUGCA